AAUCACUCUGGCCCUGUGAGUGAAUUUAUUCUUCUUGGAUUCCCUGGUACCUGGAAGAUUCAAAUUCUCCUCUUUUCAUUCUUCUCGGUGAUCUAUGUCCUGACACUAAUUGGAAACUUGUGCAUUAUCAGCGUUGUGUGGUGGGAUCACCACCUCCAUAUCCCCAUGUACAUCCUGCUAGCUAAUUUUUCUUUCCUAGAGAUCUGGUAUGUCACUUCUACUGUCCCCAACAUGCUAGCCAACUUUCUCUCUGACACCAACACAAUCUCCUUCUCUGGCUGCUUUAUUCAGUUCUACUUCUUCUUCUCUAUGGGCACCACUGAGACUUUCUUCCUUUCUGCCAUGGCUUAUGACAGGUAUCUUGCUAUAUGCAAGCCCCUUCACUACCCCACAAUCAUGACAGUUCAACGCUGCACCAGAAUGGGAGCUUGCUGCUGGGUAUCUGGAUUCUCCUGUUUCCUCUUACCAGUUUAUCUCAUAUCCCAACUGCCCUUUUGUGGCCCCAAUACUAUUGAUCACUUUUUAUGUGACCCAGGACCCCUUAUAAAGUUAGCCUGUGUGCCAGCUCCUGCCACUGAGAUAACCUGUGCCAUCUUUAACUCUGUCCUCAUUUUCUCCACCUUCCUCUUCAUUACCAGCUCCUACACCCUGGUGAUCAGAGCUGUACUAAGGGUCCCUUCAGCAGAAGGUCGACGUAAAGCUUUCUCCACAUGUGGCUCCCAUCUGGCUGUAGUAUCCUUGUUCUAUGGCUCUAUUAUGGUGAUGUACGUGAGCCCAACAGCAGACAAUCCCUCUGGGAUUCAGAAAAUUGUGACUUUAUUUUAUUCUGUGAUGACUCCAUUUUUCAAUCCAUUAAUCUAUAGCUUCAGAAAUAAGGAGAUGAAGAAGGCCCUGAAAAAAAUGUUCAGGGUUAUCAGAUUUGGUCCAAAAAAAACUCUCAAAAAUUAG